CACAGCAGCACACAUCUUUAACAGGUGCCACGUUCUCACACAUGCUAAACGCCUCAUUCGUUGGGUUACAAUAGACUAGGCUACCUGGUGUGGAUCAAUGCAUUGACUUUCGUCAUUUUACUAUACUACUGAAACCGUCAGAAAUGAGAGUCCUAACAGCAAUUUUACUAAAAGUCUGCCUUUUGACAUGGGCCACCGCUAUGUACUUUGACUUGGGGGAGCAAGAGGAAAAAUGCAUCAUUGAAGAAAUCCCGGAUGACACGCUGGUCACUGGUUAUUUUUUGUUGGAAUACUGGGAUCAAAACAAGCCGCACAACACACCCCAUCUUGGCAUGACGGUGACCAUCAGGGACCCUAAUCAUGAGGUCCAGCUUCUUAAACGUUAUGGCAAAUAUGGAAAAUUCACCUUCACGUCGCACGCUCCUGGACAGCAUUUCCUGUGCAUGCAGACUAACUCAACUAAGUUCUCCGUCUUUGCAGCAGAAAGGCUGAGGGUCCACCUAGACGUGCAGGUGGGACAGCAGCAUUCUAUUGACCCCAGCGAAGAGAAGGCCAAAGACACCAUGAAGACUAUGGAAUACAGUGUUCAGCAUCUUAUCGACCAGAUGAAGUACAUCUCACGCCAACAGGACUACCAAAGGGAGCGUGAAGAAACGUUUCGGGAGAUCAGUGAGCAGACCAACUGGAGCGUGUUGUGUUGGGCGUUCGUCCAGACUUCAAUACUACUACUGGUGGGGGUCUGGCAGAUGAAGAGGCUCAAGGACUUCCUCAUUGAAAAGAAGCUAGUCUGAAGUGACACUGACUAUACAGCAGUGGUUCCCAAA